AAACGUAUGAAUUUUAAUAUACUGUAGAAUAAUACGUAUACCGUAUCCUUUAUUUACAAUAUUUUUGUAAACCGUAUACAAAAUACUGAUAUACAGUAGAAAUGAUAUACGUUAUAGACGUAUGAAUUUAAUAUACCGUAUCACACAGUAUGUUUACCGUAUACUUUAUUGUAUUUUUUACUAAACACAUUUUGUGAACAGUAUACAUUAUACUGAUAUGGCGUAUGUAAAAAUGCAAACUGUAUUAAAAAUACAUGAAAUUCUUCCAAAUGAACAACCUAAUGAUUCAAAUUCUUUUAAUAGCGAAGAGGAAAUAGAUAUUAAUAAGUCAACUAUGAACAAAAAUUACAUAAUGAAGAUAUACUUAUAUACUUUACAUUAUUCCUUCCAUUUAAAUAAUAGAUCAAAAGUUUCCAUUAGCAAAAGGGUAAAUGUUAAAAGGUCAAAAGAUAGAAUGAAUGCUCGAAGUAUGCGUGAUGAGCUAUUAAAACACGUUAAAGCUGGUGAACUUGAAGAAGAGGAUAUCCCAAAAGUCAAUACCAUAUAA